AUGCUGCGCGUGUGGACGCCAGCAGGGGAGGAGGUGGUGUCGAUGCCCAUACAGGAGCUGACCGACGUUGCCUCCCUGAAGAAGCAGCUGCAAAAGUUCUGUGGCUUACCAAGGUUUCGGCAGAGGCUUCUCCAUGAGUCCACCGUGCUGGAGGAUGACACAAAGCUGGCAUCCCAGAUGGACCUUCAGCUGGUGCUGCUGCCAUAUGCUGGCAGCCCUGAGGUGCAGAGGAUCCUGGGCGCCGCACAGAAUGGGCGGGCCGCCGAGGUCGAGGAAAUCUUGAAACUGCCUCAGGAUCCGAACCUGGGAGACGGUCAGAGGAAAACAGCCCUUCACGGUGCAUCGAUGACCGGGCAUGUGGAGGUGGUGCAGGUGCUGCUGGAGGGAAGAGCUGAUACAAACAUGACUGACCAGAACGGGCGGACAGCUCUUCAUUAUGCGUCCGGCUCUAGCUACGUCAAGGUGCUUCGGAUGCUGGUUGAGGCUGGGGCGGACGUGAGCCUGGCGGACGAGUUUGGGAACACAGCCUUGCACCUCGCAUCCGCAGAAGGCCAUCUCGCCGCUGUCCGUGCGCUGCUUCAGGCUGGAACCUGUAUAAACGCCAUCGACAAGCAGCGCCGAACUGCUCUUCACGACGCCUCGGAGAACGGCCACGUGGCCACCGUGCGUUUGCUGAUCGACGCAGGCGCCUGCCAAGAUGUCGAAGAUAACGACGGCCAGACGGCAGCCUUCUACUUUGGAAGGUUCUGUUUCAAUCACAUGGACACCGUGUUCCCAUGA